CGGCGGGUUGCGCGCGCGUCUCGUGCAGGCCGAGAGCUGGCUGCGGCGGCGGGCGGCGAGUCACUUAAGCGCGCGCGGCGGUCGGUGCAAAAGGUGUCCCGAGCGACGAUGCAGCAGCAACAGCGGUGCGGCAUGCGACGACCUUUGGCGGUUCUGGCCGCCCUGGCGCUGGCGGCGCCGGCGGCCACGGCCACGGCCGUGCGCUGCGUGUGCAGCAGCCCGAGCGAGUGCGAGCCCCUAACGGAGGCCGACUGCCCCCGUGGCUCGGCCCUCGUGCUGGACCCGUGCGGAUGCUGCAGGGUCUGCGCCCGUCUAGAGUCCGAACCCUGCGGAGGACCCUACGGUUUCCAUGGCACUUGCGCCAAAGGCCUCGAGUGCGUCGCCGACCACGCAGACCUUCUUGGAACUUGCAGACGGCCCCCGGUGAGCGACAAAGCCGAGUGCGGCACUUUGGCGCGCGAACAGCACGGCUGCAACGUGGUCGAGACGAGCUGCCACUGCGGCAGCGCGGCUGUCUGCCCUGGAGACUCCCCACCCUUCACCUUCGCCACCCACACGGAAUGUGAGAUCAACCUGAAAGCUAUGCUGAAUUUCGUCGACGGAUGCGAGGUGACCGGCCAGCAUUUGGCCAACGGGCAGCACUGGUUCGACGCUGAAAAGUGCAAAAACUGCGUCUGCCACCACGGCCAGCUCGACUGCCUGCCCGUCAAUUGCACCAACUGCUCGGACCUCAGCGCACAAGAGGACAAAUGCUGUCAGUCAUGCAGGGGUGUCACAGCGGCAGCAGUGGUGUCACCGGCCGCGCUCACGAAGCCCAUUGUUGUGGGCGAGAAGGAAAUCCCUGUGGUGGGAGUGACGUUCGCCGGUCUGUUUGUGCUGAUUCCACUGCUCUGGUUCAUCAUCAGGUGCGGCGCCAAGCUACGGACAUACUCGCCAGUGACGCUGUCCGACCCGGACAGCUUGGACCCGGUUUGAGAAUGAAACUGACACGACGCACAAGCAGAAGAAGAAGAACCCCGCUGUGAUAACUUUUCUUGUAUAAUUAGCGUAACGCAAACAAACACACAAUAAAACACGCGCGCUCGCAUUUCGACCCCUGACAGCACAAAAAAGAGAAAGAAGAAAGAAUAAAGGAGUGAAGGGUAAAAGAAGUGUUUGUAGGGCAGAGAGCUGAGUUUAUUUUUACAAAAUAUAACACGCAUCAGCACGCGCGCUUCAUUUGGGACUAAUAAAGUGGAAAUCUGGGGAGCAGGAGUAGAGGGGAGUAUUUUGGUAGAAGUGUUGUCGAUUUUUGUGUGUAAACCGGCACAAAAAUAGAGCUAGUAGAAUGAAAAAUGUGGGCCAUUCUCAGUUUUUCGUGUUUUAUCUGCUUGUUGUGACUAUUAUCUUAUAAUUUUUCUUUCAAUUAUUUAGUAGAGUCAGAAUUUCGAAGAAAUACUUAUUAAUUUUUAGUAGUUUUAGGAUGAAAAUGAAGCUAAAUUUUUGUUUUCUAUGCCGAGAACAAGAUGUUGUCACCAAUCAUUUGUAAUGUUUCAGAAAAUCAAUCAAAGAUAAAAAUCAGUCCAACUGAUCGCGGUAAAAAUGUUGCAAAUAAUAAUCUUUUGAAGUUUUUCUCUUUGGGUAAAAUAUUUAUAUUUUUGCAUGUGGCACGUGUUUUAAAGGAUACGUGUGCCGAUAUUGAAUCGUCCUCCGCGUAAGCAAACAAACGCAAGAUAGAGAGAAUAGAGAGUGGCCACUACAUUGUGACAUCAUCACUGCUCAUGGGGGCAGAGAAAACAAUAUUUUACUUUUUAAAAUGAUUGCUUGGCUGAUGGUAUAACAUUUAUUUUGAUUCGAUUUCAAAACAAACAAUUAGCAAUGAUUAUCAAUCAGGGGCGUGCCCUGACCAUCAGCGAUCCUAACAAUGACGACGUCACAAGGUCCAGCCAUUGACGGCUUGUGUGGCAGCCGUUUCCAAGGAACUAUAUCUUCAUUGAUUUUUUUUUAAAAAAUAUUUUUUAUAAACGUCCAUGUCCUUCAGCCUGAAAUCAGGACCAAAUCUUGCAAAUGAACGGUGGCGUCAUCUAUCAAGGUUAUAAUAAUUGUUAACCACGUUUGUCUUUAUUUUAUUAAGCGGCUAUCCUAUGUUUCCACGUUACAAAAACUGAAUUGCACAAAAUGUUUCUGGAAUCUAAAUCAAAUUAACUCGUGUGGUUGGUAUAGAAGUACGAUGUAUAUCAUUGUGUAUAAUAUGAAAUUUGUAAAUCCAGCUGUAAAAUAUGUAUACAUACCCGCGGUAUAACAAUAUGCAUAAAUAAUAAAACGUUGUGUAAAUACCAUGAAUGUAUCCCAGCGCGAAAUAAAGUUUUGGCAAGUGUAACAAAAGAGAAAUGAAAGGCUUGCUGCAUAUAAUGUA